AUGCCAAGAUAUGCAAAAUUCCUUAAGGAGCUUCUAACCAAUAGCAGGAAGAUGGAGGAUGUGAAAGAAGUAGUUCUUAAUGAAAAUUGCUCAGCUGCCAUGUUAAACAAAUUACCAAAGAAGAAAGGUGACCCGGGAAGCUUGACUUUGCCUUGCCAAUUUGGCAACUUGGCUACCAUUCAUGCUUUGGCUGAUUCGGGAGCAAGUGUGAACCUCAUGCCUUAUUUAUUCUUCAAGAAGUUGGAUCUCCUGGAACCAAGGCCAAUUCAUAUGGCAAUUCACUUAGCAAAUAAAACAGUCACAUUUCCAAGAGGAAUACGUGAAAACUUAUUGGUCAAGCUAAACAAGUUUGUGUUUCCCGCAGACUUUAUAAUUCUAGACAUGGAAGCGGAUCCUCAAGUCCCGAUUAUCGUUGGAAGAUCUUUCCUCAACACGGCCAGUGCUAUAGUGCACAUGAGAGACUCGAAGCUUACUUUACGGGUAAGAGAUGAUUCAGUCACUUUCGGGGUUGAUCAAGCUAUGAAGCAUGCGAGGAAUAGUGAUCACAUGGCAUUCUCGAUUGACAUGUUUGAUGAAUUAAUGGAGGAAUGUGAUAACGAAGAUCCCAACAAGUCAACCAUCCGUGAUGAAGAAUUGGAUGCUGAAAAAUACUUACUAGAAAUCGAGAGGAUGCUGGAAGAAGUUGAGUAUGAAGAAUUAGUGAAGAAAUCUGAAAAAGCUACUCGGCGAGAUGCCAAGCCAAGAUUGAUACGUUGGGUUCUACUUCUUCAAGAGUUUGACAUCGAUAUACGCGAUAAGAAGGGAAUGAAGAAUAUAGCAGCCGACCACUUAUCAAGGCUAGAAAACCUGCAAUUGCAAGAAGAUAAAGUUGGAGAUGACUUUCCGGACGAGUACAUUAUGGUGACCAUGAGAGAAGAGCCAUGGUUCGCGGAUAUAGCUAAUUACUUAGCUAGCAAGCUAGUUUAUGGAAAGCAAUGUCAUUUACUGGUGGAAAUCGAGCAUAAAGCUUUUUGGGCUUUAAAAAUGUGCAACUUCAACAUAGCAGAGCUCAAGAACAACCGGUUGAUGCAAAUGAAUGCUCUUGAGGAACUUAGAAAUGAGGCUUAUACUAGCUCUUUAAUUUAUAGAGAGAGAACCAAGAGUUGGCAUGACAAGAGGAUCAAGGGUAAUAAAGAGUUUCAUGAAGGUCAAAAGGUAUUGCUUUUUAAUUCAAGACUAAAACUCUUCCCAGGAAAACUCAAAUUAAGAUGGGACGGUCCUUCUCUAGUGAAGAAGGUGUUUCCACAUGGAGCUAUAGAGUUAGUAUCAAAAGAUGGUACCCCUUUCAAGGUUAAUGGACAUAGAGUGAAAAGAUACGAAGAAGGAGUCCCAAGAAAUGAAGACAUAGAAGAAGGGCUGCUUCUGGAGGGAAUGGCAGAAACGUAG